AGCUGAGCUCAGACACUUGACAGAACUUCUUCAGAUCACCAGUUGUGUUUGUGAAGAAGAAGAAGAAGAAGAAGAAGAGGAUCGUUCUUCUUCGUGUCAGUUAUUUAUUCAAAGAUGAAGGAACUCUCCUCUGAGGCCUUGUUUCUCUCUUUUGCACAUUUAUGUUUCCUUUGUAGUUUUCUGGAUGAAGCUCGCGCUCAGGAGGCGGCUGCUGACGGUGACGGUGAUGCGCUCCGGCGGGGGUUGACAUGGCAACAUAACGGGCAGGUUUUCAGCAUCCUGAGCCGCGGCGCCCAGUACCGGCCGUCCAGCAGGAGGCAAACCGGGUCACCGAGCCGCGGGAACCCCGUGGUCGUCGUCAACAGCGGUAAUGACACGGUUCCCGCCGCGUCCCGCAGCUCCCCGCGCGUCCCGGCAGCCAGCAGCACCGCGCAAUUACGCGCCAUGACGCGUCAGCGGCAGCAGCCGCAGCCGACGCCCGGCGGCGACGGGGACUCUGCCCCGGUGAGGCGGGAGGACAUGAUGGUCGGAGACGAUCCGUACAACCCGUACAAGUCCUCCAACUACUAUCCGUAUUAUAACCACUACAACUCCUACUACAGACCCAGAGCCAGGACCCAGCCCCGGCACGGGUACGGCACCAGCUACCACCAGAACGGUCUCCCUGAUCUGGUUCCUGACCCGUACUACAUCCAGAUCGCCACCUACGUCCAGAGGCUGCCCAUGUACAACCUGCGCUGUGCUGCAGAGGAGAACUGCCUCGCCUCUUCCUCUGCUCAUUCUCAGGAUUAUGACACCAGGGUUCUGCUGAGGUUCCCUCAGAGGGUGAAGAACCAGGGAACGGCCGACUUCCUGCCCAGCAAACCCCGAUACGCCUGGGAGUGGCACAGCUGUCACAAUCACUUCCACAGCAUGGACGAGUUCAGCCUGUACGAGUUGCUGGACGCCCGGACCCAGAGCCAGGUCGCCGAGGGUCACAAGGCCAGCUUCUGUCUGGAGGACACUUCCUGUGACCCGGGAUACUACCGCCGCUUCGCCUGCACCUCACACACUCAGGGUUUGAGUCCUGGUUGCUAUGACACCUACAACGCCGACAUUGACUGUCAGUGGAUCGACAUCACCGACGUCUCACCUGGAAAAUACAUCCUCAAGGUGACGGUGAACCCCAGGCAGCAGGUCCCAGAGUCCAACUUCAACAACAACGUAGUCCGCUGUGACGUCCAGUACACCGGCACCGCCGCGCACGUCUCCGGCUGCACCAUGACAUCCUACUGAGCCUGAGGAUGAACAGACGGGUGGAGACAGGUGGAGACGGGUGGAGCUACAGAGGAGUGAAUAUUAAAGUCACAGUUUGUUAAACAUGUGACUCUAAUAAUUCAAUUAUAACCAGAUUAAAGCAAAGAGUCAUUAUUAAAACUCAUAAAAACACAUGAAUUAAUGAAGCUGAAUUACUCACAGACGUUUUUGAUAUUAAUAUUUUACACGUGGUCAGUUUAAAAUGGAUGAAGGGGGGGGUUAAAUAAAAUAAAUAAAUAAAUAAAAAUAUUUCCAGGUCUGUGCUUCUGUGCAGCUCUGGCUCUUUAUGUGAGAACUGUAUUUACACAUUUAUCUGUUACCUGCAGUUACUGGUUCGUUAGUUGUUUUUUUACUUUGCAGAUUUAGUUUUUAUUUCUAACAUGAUAUUUACUCUCAUUUUGACUGAGUCUGUUCGAUGCUUUAAGUAAAUACACACGUUUUUUAUGACAUUGCUACAGAUCGAGACGCCAAGAUAUCACUUAUUAUUUCAGAAUAUGGAGACGCAUCUUGAGCAACAGCUGACGGCUUCAACUCGAUCACACAAUAAUCAUUUUUAGAUUGCGAAUAGGAACUUACAUGCAUGUCUUUUCUCUACUCUCAUUUUUGUUGUUGUUAAUUUAAAGUUUCAGGAGUUUUAGGUCAUUUCCAGUGAAAAGUGACACUCAGCAGUUUGUGUUUUAAACUUUCACUUCGCUCGGUGCUGCAGAGUCGAUCUGUGAGUUCUGGUGCUAAAUGUUUUCAAACCAAAAAUAAUGAAACUGAGCUGCUGGUUAAAAUCCUGUAACAGGUAUCAGACCUUCAAACUAAUGUGUGUGUGUGUGUGUGUGUGUGUGUGUUGGUGGACGCUGUAUAGAGUGUGUGUGUGUGUGCUCAUGCUGUAACUACACACACCUGCAGAGCUGUGUAUAUAGACGAGCUCAUGUCUCAUGUUAUCAACCUGCAUUACUGCUUCAUAUCACAUUAAUAAAGUUUGCUUGAACGUGAACAA